AUGACAGCGCCGAUCAUCAACCGCCACUGGGAACUCUACGAGCGUCCGAAUGAGUUCUUCGCUGAUCGAUACGUCAAGAACCCCGAGCUGAAGAAGUAUAAUAUGUCGUGCUCGAAAGGUGGGAGACAAUGCAUCGGGAUCAGCCUGGCUUACCAGGAACACCAGACGUUCACGGUCAGAAACCUCCGGCGUCACAGUCUCUGUGAUCCAGGCAAGGGUGUGCAGGAUGGACCGAAGCUGGAGUCAUUCGAGACCAGACGAGAGGACUUUUCCAUGGGUGCAAACUAUGCCUCGCCAGCACCAUUUGAGGGCAGUCAUAGCCUGCAUGGACCUAGAUACGUAUCCGUGCUUGGAAUCAGGUGGUCCGUUCCCGACGAGCUGGCCGAAAUCGGUAGUCCACGUAGGCAUACGGAGCACUUGCCGUGGAAGUUGGCUCACAUCGAUUGA